UAACAACCAAGUUUAUUCGGAAAGUUUGAAGUUUUUUGUGUCCUCUUAAGCGGAUGUGAUUAAGUUACCUGCAAUUAUUGAGUUAGAAAAUAAAGGUUCGAAUGUCGCCAGUGAUGGAGGACGCCUUCAAGGAAUUUGCCGACCUGGAUCAGAUCAGCAAUGCCGAGUUCCGGGAGCAGAUCAAAAAUUGGAUCGAAGACCAAGGGAUUCAUGCCAAUUUGCAGCUGCAGAUGAAAAAGGACCUGAUCGAUCAAAUAAGCCGCACCGCACUAGGUCGCAAAAUCGCCCUGAAGCUUCAAACCCAGCAGGGAAUUGUCCUAUCGCCAUUGGUUCUGGUUCUGAACACCCUAGUGGCUGAGUUCCUGUACACCCAAAACUGUCACUUCUCGUUGUCGGUUUUCAGCAACGAGGUACCGUUCAAGAACACGUUGCCCGACUUUGCAAGAUCCGGUCCUAAUGGUGAUGAGCGUUUCCGGUUGAGCCAUGUCGAGUUGAAGGAAAUCUUCGAAGCGCUGGGCUUGGAGCAUUACGGAGGAUUGGUUGAGAAGUACGAAGGUGGAAAAGCACCGGAUGGAAGGUCGUUGUUGUAUGUGAUCGUCAAGUCUUUGCUAAGUUCGGUGAAGAGUUACGAAGAAAAGUUGAAGAAACUUAAGCAGGAGGAAGUGAAUAGGAAAGAGAAUGAAACGGCUCUGGAUGGGUUGGAGAUUGGGAAGCUGCAUCGAAAUGUGGAGAAGCUUCUACAGAGGGUUAGGAUUGUUGGGAGAAGUAUGGAAAGAGUUGAAAAACUGCAGCCAAACGAGAGCAAUGAUCAGGGUAAGCAAGAGAAUAACUCCUGGAAAGAAUGCACUGAAAAUGUGGGGAAAAUGAUCUCGAGAAUGGAAGUUUGCUCAAAGAGAUUCGAAGACCUUUUGGGAAAAAUUCAAGAACAGCUAGAUCAAAAUCGUAACGUAGUUGGGACUGAGAAAAAGGAAGUGAUGAAUCCUGAAGCCAAGUCAUACACCGAUUUUUUGAACGAACUGAAAUCGACGCAACAUGGUAAGAAAUACGUGGCAAAGCUCCAGAAACAGAUACUCAAGCUGAUGGAAAAAGAGAAGACUCUGAUUGAAGCAAAAUAUCGGAAGAAACUGUACGAGACCGAACUUGAAUGCAAAACAAAGAUUGAGAAAAUUCUCGAUGAGCGUAUUCGUGAGGUAGCUGCUACUAGAGAUAUACUGAGAUCGCCUAGGAUUGCAGCCAGUGGAAGUGAAGAGAAUGUACUAAUGAUGAAGAAAAUCGAAGAAAAGUUACAGCAAAUGCAUGAACACGAGAGAAAUGUCGAUCGAAAGUUAGUAACUUUGAAGGAUGAUCUCAAACAGCACGAACUUCGACAGAGCAAAUACUUUCAAUCGCUCAAAUCUUCCGAAACGAAAGAGAAGAAGCUCUUGAUGUUACAGGACGUUGAACGCAAGCUGUUGGCAUCAUUCGAAGAUGAAACACAUGCAAUGAUUCGGAACGCCAAAGCGACGAUCGAACAUCUGGAGACAGAAAGCGACAAAAUCAAUCGAUCGUUUCAGCAAUACUUGCACAAACAGAGGGAAGACAAAAGACGCCUCAACGAUGAGAAGGUUGAAAUAUGGCAACGGUACAACGACGAAAAAAUGGAAUUCAACCAAAGAGAAUUGAUUGGAUUCGCUUCAACCGCUCCAACAGCUUCUGAACCAAUUGUAAGGGAAAGCUUCGUACCACAAAGUGAUGAUCUGCCAAAUCUAGGAUCAUUUGAGAACCCGUUCCGCACUUUUGAUCCCCACAAAUAUCUUAAGAGACCGAAAAUUUGUAACAUUGUACUGGUAACUCCAAAGCCACAUGAGGUAGCCGAUGUAGCGGUCAAUACAUCACUUGAAUUCACGAAACUAACCUCCGUACAACCCGUCGUCGUAGUCUCGAUUCCUCCUGCAGAACCCACAAAAACACUGUCGGUAACCUCCAAACAUCCCAGCGCUAGCAACCGAGAUAUCAACAUGAACGUCAACUUGCUAGAAAAGGCUAGAUUAGAUGCCGUACCUAGUAAUCCAAUUGACCUCCAGAAACACCUCAAAGAUCCUUCCAAAAUAACAGACAUUCUAGCGAAAGACACCAUCAAACUUAAGCAAAGUAUCGAAGAGAACCUGCAGAAGCUGGAUCAGAUGAGCAAAACGUACACUAAAUCCAGUGGAUCUUCUAGCGGGGAUAACACGGAUCGACACAACACGUUCAACGUCAAACCAUCGAUUCACCCGGUGCAAUCGAAGAGUCUGGACGAGGUAUCCAGUGGAGCGGAGCUAGGGGAACCUUCGUCCGACAGCAGUAGCAAUCAUCUACGGAAAGAGUUGAAGCAGUCCGAGUUUAAACUUCCCGAUCUGGACAGUACCAAAGACUUGUUGGAGUUUGCGGAACAAAAUUUUCCCAUUACCAACGAUAAAACGGAUUCAAAGAAGCCAGAUCAGAAAAGUUCCCUGGAACUUGUUGGGGGUUCUCUAGGAUCACUGAGCGAUUUGGAUCUGAGUGUUGACGACGGGAAAGAUAGUGGGUCUCCGCAGCACUCGGUUCAGUUUCCCGGGGUGGACGCUGACAAAAGUAAAGACAGUAUCGAUGAGAUACUCGAACGGAUAUCUACUGGAAAAAGGUCGGUUUCCGGCGAAGAUAGUUGGAACUAA